AUGAAAUGGUACAAGAUUUCUUUUUUGCUCCUGAUUGCACUCCUGGUGUAUUUUUGUCAACAAGAUGCGUCAUUCCACCUGAUUCAGGUGGAGAAAACACCAGACGAGCGUCCCGCCUACAACCCUCAACUGUCUGUUACAACCGGCAAAGCUGCGAUAAGCAGAAAAGUUCAGUUUCAUUGUGAUUGUCUGAGUGGUUCCACCUGUUGUCUAAUACCUGAAACUGGUGGCUAUUACUGCUGUCCUUAUACCCAUGGCGAAUGUUGUGAUGACUUGAUUUUUUGCUGUCCUGAGGGCACCAGAUGCACGGCUCUCGGCCGGUGUGAAGAAACUGAUCAGUUCGUAAGAAAACAAGAUAACACUACAGACGUUUUGAAGUUUUAG